GGGGGUGGGCCCAGCUCGGGAGCAAGGAGCAGCCUCCCACAGGAUGUGAGAGAGGAACUGGGGUCUCCAGUCACGGGAGCGCCGGGGCCGCAGGCGGGAAGGACGCGCGGUGGGAGCGAUCGCUGGACGAUCGCGGGACACUGGACGCAGGGUCGCCCUCAGCAUGGGGGAGCCCCGGCCUCAGCCCUGGGCGCUCGGUCUGCUGCUCCUGCUCCUGCCUCAGACCUGGGGCGCAGAGGACCACCUGUCCCUCCUGUACCACCUCACGGCCGUGUCGUCCCCAGCCGCGGGGUCGCCCGCCUUCUGGGUGUCGGGCUGGCUGGGGCCGCAGCAGUACCUGAGCUACAGCAGCCUGCGCAGGGAGGCCGAGCCCUGCGGGGCCUGGGUCUGGGAGAGCCAGGUGUCCUGGUACUGGGAGAAGGAGACCACGGACCUGCGGAACAAGGAGAGCCUCUUUCUGGAUGCUCUCCAGGCCCUGGAGGGAACAGGUCCCUACACCCUGCAGGGCCUGCUAGGCUGUGAGCUCGGCCCCGACAACUCCUCGGUGCCCACCGCCCUGUUUGCCCUGAAUGGCGAGUACUUCAUGGAGUUCCACCCCCAGAACGGCAGCUGGACGGGCGACUGGCCCGAGGCCCUGAGCAUCAGCCAGCGGUGGCAGAAGCAGGCCGAGGCAGUAGGCAAGGAGCAGACCUUCCUGCUCAGCUCCUGCCCAGAGCGGCUGCUGGACCACCUGGAGCGGGGCCGCAGGAACCUGGAGUGGAAGGAACCACCCUCCAUGCGUCUGAAGGCCAGGCCAGGCAGUGACGGCUCCUCCGUGCUCACCUGCAGCGCCUUUUCCUUCUACCCCCCGGAGCUGCACCUGCACUUCCUCCGAAAUGGGCUUGCAGUGGGCACGGGGGAGGGCGGCUUCGGCCCCAACGGCGACGGCUCCUUCCACGCGUGGUCGUCACUCACGGUGCGGCGCGGGGAUGAGCACCACUACCGCUGCCUGGUGCAGCAUGCGGGGCUGCCGCAGCCACUCUCUGUGGAGCUGGAGUCCCCUGCCGAGUCCUCGGUACCCGUGGUGGGGAUCGUCCUGGCCUUCCUGCUGCUGGCCGCCGCGGUGGGAGGAGCUCUGCUGUGGCGAAGGAUGCGGAGCGGCAUGCCACCUCCCUGGAUCUCCCUCCGUGGGGACGACGUCGGCGCGCUGCUGCCUGGCCCCGGGCAGCCCCAGGAGCCCGACUCCCGAGACACCAAUGGCACUGCCUGACGGCCGGCUUGGCCACUGCCGGCCGCUGUGGUCGCGUCUCUGCUGUGAGACCCCUGGAAUCCUGGAUCUCUGAGCCUCCAGAACAAGUGCUGGGCCCCAGGCCCCCGCAGAGCCCGCCUCCCGGGCUCCGCCUCAGUGUCCCCUCCCGACAGCUCCAGCCCUUUUUCACUUCACAUAUAAACACGAGUUUGGGCCCGAA